GUUACUUGGUUGCUGAACUCUACAACUGCAAAGGGACAGAAGGUAUGGCUGAAUACCGGCGUAGUCUUGAUUAGUCCAUGGCGGUGUAGUCUUCUGUCCAACAUUAUCGGCCAGUCUUCACGGCAACUUUAUUCACAGUCUAAAAAGCAGCACAAAGCAGUCGUUAAGAUAGUUUUUUUGGGGGGAGGGGGGCGUUUCGCUGCCCGUUUUGGACCGGGAUGACCAACUGUGAGGACUGAUCAGUGUCACAAAGCCUGUGUGUGUACACUGCAGGGUAGCAACAGUAGAAUGAGCUGCCCCAGAGCCAACACAGUCUGCAGGGACUGACACACAGCGCUACAAAUACGGCAGUCGAUGCAGUCUUCCAGAGGCUCUCCCUCCCUGUGGCUGAGAAACCAGCAGCAGCAUGUCCCGCGUCUCCUCAACCGCCAAGCGCUACGCUGGCCCCUCCUACACCAGCCACUACAGCUCCUACAGCUCCUCCCUGACCCCGGGCCUUAGCUCCUACAGCGAGCGGGACAGGCUGUCCACCUACAAGUCCCCAUCGACCUCUUCCUCAGGUUACUCUUCCUCCAGCUUUCUGAGCAGCUCCGCCGCCCGCAGCCGCAACUACAGCACCUCCUCAGACCCCGACCGAGACCGGGGUCGAACCAUCCCACGCACCGACAUCCUCGGAAGCAGCAGCAGCAGCAGCCGCCGGAGCGAGAGCCUCAGUAGAACCCCCGUCAAGAGCUAUGGGGGGUCAGGGCUGAGUGGGGGGUCGACCUACACCGGGUACAGUUCCUAUUCUUCGUCCUCAGCCCAGUCCAGCUACCUCUCCUCACCGGUGGCCUCCAGCAUCUCGCUCAACCGACGAAAAUCUGUAUCCCAGAGUGACUUGAGCAGGGACCUGGCCUCUCUGGGGCUCAGUGACACCUCCUCCUCUUCCUCUACCCCGUCCUCUUCCACCAGUGCCCUGCGGAGCUACCGCAAUCGGACCAGCGAUGUAGCCAACUCGUAUGGCACCAGCUCCCGUUUGGGCUACACGGGCCUGUCGCGGAGCUCUACUCAGGAGGCCCUCUCGCGGAGCUCCACCCAGGAGGCCUUCAGCAGCAGCAGCAGUAGCAGCAGCAGCAGCAAAGCAUACAGCUCUUCGACGUGGGAGCCGAGCAGUAACGGGCUGUCCAACUCCCCCACCAGGGACUCCACGAAUUCAAAGAGUGCCCAAGGCCUGGUGGGACUAAAGAACCUAGGAAACACUUGUUUCAUGAACAGUAUCCUGCAGUGUCUCAGCAACACACACAGCCUGCGAGACUACUGCCUGCACAACUCGCACCGCAGAGACCUUAACAACAACAGCCGCACCAACACAGCCCUCAUGGAAGAAUUUGCCAAGCUGAUACAGACCAUGUGGACGUCGUCCAGCAGUGAGGCGGUCAGCCCGUCUGAAUUCAAAACUCAGAUCCAGAGAUAUGCUCCCAGAUUUGUGGGAUACAACCAACAGGAUGCUCAGGAGUUCCUGCGAUUCCUCCUGGACGGUCUGCACAACGAGGUCAACAGGGUCACUGUCAGGCCGAGAGGAACUGUAGAGGACUUCGACCACCUGCCGGAUGAAGAGAAGGGGAAGAAGAUGUGGAGCAAAUAUCUGGAGAGAGAGGACAGCAAGAUAGUCGACCUGUUUGUGGGGCAGCUGAAGAGCUCUCUGACUUGCAGCCACUGUGGUUUCUGCUCCACUGUCUUCGACCCCUUUUGGGAUCUCUCUCUACCUAUCGCCAAGAAGGGCUACGGUGAGGUGAGUCUGAUGGACUGCAUGCGGCUCUUCACCAAAGAAGACGUCCUCGACGGGGAUGAGAAGCCGACGUGCUACAGGUGUAAAGCCAGGAGGAGAUGCACUAAGAAGUUCACAAUACAGAAGUUCCCCAAGAUCUUAGUGCUGCACCUGAAACGUUUCUCUGAGGCACGAAGAACCAGCAAACUGUCCACCUUCGUUAACUUCCCCAUGAAGGAUCUCGACCUGCGGGAGUUUGCCUCGGAAAACAGCAUAAAUGCAGUGUACAACCUGUAUGCAGUGUCCAACCACUCAGGCACCACUAUGGGCGGUCACUACACAGCCUACUGUCGCAAUCCCAACUCGGGAGAAUGGUACACCUUUAAUGACUCCAGAGUAACGCCAAUGUCCUCCAGCCAAGUGCGCAGCAGCGACGCCUACGUCUUGUUCUAUGAGCUGGCUUCAGCCUCGCGGAUGUGAAGCCUCAUGCAGGACUGCGGGCCACAGCACCACUCUGACUGACGGACAGACAGACGGAUGGAAAAUAAGAGUGUUGGUGGAGCCAGGCCUAUUUUGGACUUGUAUUUGGACAUAUAUCACACACACGCACACACUCCCACACACACGCACACACACAAAGGCACACACCCCCACCAGCCUGGAGGCUGCUCCUCUGUGCAGAGGGAGCUGGAGCGGGGAACACUCUGGAAACCACAGGAACCUGAUCAACCAGCCCGGCUUUCUUUCCCUCUCUGUCUUUACUCUCGUGUCUUGCUCACUUUGAGUGGAGAUGUGUGUUUACUUUGUGUGUGUGUGUGUGUGUGCGUGCGUUUGUGUGUGAGUGUGCAAGGCUGACACAGGGCAAUAAUCCCAUCUGACCGACCCGACCAACCAGUGAAUCAGUCUCCAUCUCAGAGUCCCUCUCUAUGCACUGCAAACCAAACUCUCCUCCUGAACACACCUUCGCUUCUUUUUCCUCAGCUGUCUCCACGUUUGCCUCAAAACAUUAAAACUGACUUGUUGCAAUUUUUUUGACUUUUUUCUGCUUUGAAUUCAUGAUUAUUAUUUUUUGGUUUGUUUGUUUGUUUUGGGCGGGGUUAUCACCUCAGCACCAAGAGCAUCAUCGUCACCACCACCACUUUGGACUGUGGAUUCAUUGUGCUUAGCGUGUGACUGUAAGAGGACUGGUCACGGUUACGAGGAGCUUACAGCCCACCGGCCUGCCUGCUUUUCACAGCUUUCCCUUCCACUGCACUACAACACUCCCCAUGUCUCUGUCAGCAUCUUCUUCACUUUGUUUUCUUUGUCUAAACAGUGGAUGGGAGGCCAGUGGUACUGUGAGCGUCACAUGCUUGAGAGGAAAACACUCCAACAUGUGUUUUUAUUUCAUUUGUUUCUCCCAUGUGUGGCUGCUACUGAUGUUUUCAAAGUGCUGUGAAUGGAUGAAUGGACAGUCCAGUACAGAUCUGCUAUGGAUUAGUAAGAUAAACAAAAAUAAUGGUAACAAUCCUCAUCGUCAGCAUGAGGUCUUUUCUUCCUCUCUUGUUUCAUGCCAUUGAACAACACGGAAAGAAUGUUUUAAAGAAAAAAAACAAACACUAUAUCUGUAUAU